GCGGGUCUUUAUAAAAAGUUGCGCACACCGAUUGGCUGAAUCUGUGAUUGACAUGUUUGCCGAGUCACCGCCUUGAAAAUACUUUAGCGUCCGGAAGUUUAAUAGGACGGUUUCUCCUACAGUCGCCACUGGAGAAGUCCCAGACCAUGAACUACGUUGGCCAGUUGGCAGAGACAGUCUUUGUAACUGUUAAGGAGCUUUAUCGUGGACUAAACCCCGCUACACUCACCGGUGGGAUUGAUGUCAUCGUUGUGCGUCAGCCAGACGACAGUCUCCAGUGCUCGCCUUUCCAUGUGCGCUUUGGAAAACUGGGAGUUCUUCGCUCCAAGGAGAAAGUGGUGGAUAUUGAGAUCAAUGGGGAGCCGGUUGACCUGCACAUGAAGCUUGGGGACAAUGGAGAAGCAUUUUUUGUGGAAGAGAAUGAAAGCUUGGAGGCAGAAGUGCCAGCUCACCUUUGCACCUCGCCCAUCCCCAUGGAGGUUCCAGAAAUUUCAGAAGUGGCCGAGUCUCCCACCAGCACCGCCUCAUCUUCGUCAACCCGGAGGAAAAAACGGCGCAAGAAACGUACCCGAUCUGACGUACACCUCCAUGAGGAUGUUAGCUCCUCCUCAGAGGAGAGAGAGACCCCAGAACAGGAUGUCCUGAAAGAGGAGUCUGUGUUCAUGGCGAGUAAGUCUGUGUAUUACUCUCUGUCUGAGGAACCAGAUGUGCUUGGAUAUCAGGCAGGAAACUUGCAUCCUUAUUCUGAUGGAGAGUGUUCACCUAAUGAAAGCUUGUUCUAUAGUCGACCCUCCUCUCCUAAGAGUGACUCUGAGUUGUUGGUAAAGCCUCAGGAAGCAUCAGGGCCUCAGAUGCAGUGGAACUGGGGUGGAUUUCCCAAGGUGUGUCCAGCAGAGCGAGGAAGCACAGAGUGGCUCUGCAGCCCCCCAUCUCUCGUUACACCAUCUGAGCGCUCCCACUUCCGCACCAUCCAACGGCAGGCCUCAUUCAACAUGGACCCUUCCGAACCCUUGACCACUGUAACUGUAUUGAGACCAGAACCUAGAGUUUCCCACUCUACCCCAAACACAGAUGCUUCUUCUUCCCCACUUGCACCUGCAGUGGGUUCUGAGCAACAGAACACUUCAGAACUGGAGGCCCUGAGUGGCCUGAAUGAUAGCAUGGCUAACACAGUUAGCACAUGUGGCACAGACUGUGACACUAGAACUGCAAAUCAAGAAAACACUGCAAGUCCUUCUAACGCUAAUAGGGUAGUCAGUGUUAUUAAUGACGUUAGUAAAAAGCCUGCCAUCUUGAUUUGCUCUGAAUACCAGGCAAGCUCUGUUAAUGUAUUGGGUACAGCUGACACGAGUAGCAUGGCUCCAUUGGAAGCAUUAGCUACCCCCGUCAAUAAAAUCAGUACUUUAACCGAGACUCAACACACUACUGCAGAAAUGGGAUCUUUGGUAGAGAGAGACAGUGGUAUUGAAGCACUGAUAGAAGGAUUUGCAGAGGAGGAAGGAAAGGUGGCACAGGAGGGUGAGGCUACUGUGGCUCCGCACACGAAUCAAGAAGCAAAGAGUGUUGGGGUUAUAGAACAUGUGGAAUCUGUUAAAUUAGAGGACAAGUCUGGCUUCUACCAGUCAACUAAAGCAGCAGAAUCCUCGGAAAAGAAAAAGGGCAAACGCAGUCAGCAUGUGGGGCCAGCAGAUAUCUAUCUGGACGAUUUGUCCAAACUUGUCCCUGAGGUGGUUGCACUUUAUUUUCCCAAAAGUGAAGGUGAAUCUCCUUCCCAGGGUGAUGCUGAGCUGGGUUCAGUCCCACCCAUACCGUCCCCACAGUCAGGCCAACAGUCUCCUCAGUCUCUAAGCACUGCCAAUGUGGACAGUGGGACUGAGUAUCUCUCAGACUCUACCACUGACACUCUGGACGUUACCAUGUCCCUCUGUGGAACUGAGGGAUACUCCAGGAAGAUAAAAAAAGAAAAGUUUGAAGAGCACAUCGUCACAUAUCAAGACUUGGUCAACAACCCUGGAAUUAUUGACGACCCUAACCUUGUCAUCUGCAUCAACUCAAAUUAUUACAACUGGGCAGCCGCUGCUCCGAUGAUUCUGUCGAUGCAAGCUUUUCAAAAGAAUUUGCCAAAGAGUACAGUUGAGCAGCUGGUAAAAGAUAAGAUGCCCAAGAAGUCUGGUCGCUGGUGGUUUUCCUGGCGAAGGAAAGACUUGGAAAAUAAUCAGCCAAACACAAAACCUGACUCUGAAGAACAACAACUUGAGGCAUCAUCUUCUAUUCCUAUACCUCCCACAAUAACGAAUCACUCUACUCAGCUCUCCAGUGAUGAUGAUGGUACUGACCCUAACAGGCAGGAAAGUGUAACAGAAGUCACGAGCACUGCACAGUGCCUGAAUCAGAUAUACCGCAAAUCCCUCCGCCUAACCUCCCAACAGAUAGAGCGUCUCAAUUUAAGGGAGGGGGCUAACAAGAUCGUAUUCAGUGUGACCACUCAGUACCAGGGCACUUGCCGUUGUGAAGCUGCCAUCUAUCUGUGGAACUGGGAUGAUAAAGUUAUAAUCUCUGAUAUCGAUGGAACCAUCACCAAGUCAGAUGCACUCGGUCAUAUUCUGCCACAGCUGGGUAAAGACUGGACGCACCAAGGCAUUGCCAAACUUUACCACAAAAUACACGAGAAUGGCUACAAGUUCCUCUACUGUUCAGCUCGUGCCAUAGGCAUGGCAGACAUCACCAAGGGCUACCUGCAGUGGGUCAAUGAUAAAGGCAUUGUCCUGCCUAAAGGACCUGUACUACUUGCUCCCAGCAGCUUAUUCUCAGCUUUACACAGGGAGGUAAUUGAGAAGAAGCCAGAGGUCUUUAAAAUCGCAUGCCUGACUGACAUUAGAGACCUUUUCAGUCCACACAGACAACCAUUCUACGCUGCCUUUGGCAACAGGACCAAUGAUGCCUUUGCUUAUAAGAAAGUUGGCGUACCUGAAACUCGGAUCUUCACUGUGAACCCUAAAGGGGAGCUCAUACAGGAGAACAGCAAAAGCCACAAGUCCUCGUAUUCUCACUUGAGUGAACUGGUAGAACACGUCUUCCCUCUCCUCUGUAUAGGCCGGCCUGCGUCCUUGGAUUACCCAGAAUACAGUAACUUUUCUUUCUGGAGAGAACCCUUAGCACAACUGGACCUCUCUUCACUCUAGACUUCCACAUGUAUUUAUUAAUUCUCCUGCUUCGCUUUACCUUUACUAUGACACUAAAGCGCGAAUGUAAUAAAACCUGUAUGCUGGAUCAGUUCAGUCUUUAACUAACUUGUACAAAAUGAAAUACUGUAUGUUAUCAGAAGUUUUGGCUCAUCUGCUAAAACAGAGAAAGAUGUGUUUAGAAAAGCCAAAGAUAAUCAUUUGGUAUCAAAUAAAUCCAGUGUUUUGUUGUAUACAACUUUUAUUCUAUUAGUUUUACAACAUUUUAAAAUUGAGAAAUGCAGUGUAUCUAAAACUUCAUGUUUCUAUGGUCUUAAAGGUUAUUCUUUCCAUCUUAAGGAAAGGUAUUGUGAAUGUCGUUCUAUCUCACUACUUUCCACUACACCUUUAAGAUCUAACUCUAUGCAGUGAGCCUUGUUAAGAGAAACACAGUUCUUAAGGAUGUCAUAAGGCCCAUGUCAAACUGGAUAUUUUGCUGAAUUUUGUAUGUCUGUGUGAACCUAAUUUCUGUGCUGCUUCAGACUCAUCUCACAGCAAGGAGAUAAUGCUAAAGAUGUUUAAAACAGCAAAAUUGUUGAAAUAGUUUUGGGAAAAAAAGGUUUUUGUUUUUUUUCAAUAGCACUAAAGCUCUAAUCAUAAAUAUUUAUGUAUUUAUUUUUUUUAUUCCAUUGGAGGUAAGAUAGUAUGUUUUAAAGAUUUAUGACAAGGGGAUACUGCAAUUUCUUUCUGAAUAUCUUUUGAAUAAAUUCAUAUCAAUUUCUUCCUACUUUACUCAUGGAUAUUAACCAGAUCUAAAACCUAGUGGAUCUGCUGACCAACUACAACACAGCAUGCCACUAUGACUCAAGAAAUGGCACUAUAAAUGUCACUAAUACUACAUUUCAGUAGGAUUCACUGUAAAUAAUAAUUUAACUCCAUGUACUAUAUCCUGACAUGUUUCCGCAAAAGCUACAAUCAUAUAUCUCAGAGACUUAUCAGAGGAGCAGUUUAAACAGUUGAGGUAGUCAGAGUAGGGGUUGUUGAUGUUUGUAGUGUGUGCAAUGUAUUGUUUGGAAUCUCUUCUUUCAGGUUUGAAUGAUUGAAUUGUUUGCUUUGUGGAUAUAAGAUGUGUAUUUACUGUAGAAGUGUUAUGUAUUGUUAGAAUGGGUUUUUUUUUUCCACUUGGACAGACUGGAAAAGAGAACAGCAGGGGAGGACUGUGUUACUGCAAAUCUUGUUCAUAGAAAAACAUUAAAUACAACUUUGGUUUUUAA